ACAACUAGCCAAUUCUGUGGAAACUUUCUCAAUCAUUCAGCCCAACGAUGUCAGGGCUGUGUCUUACUUGCCUUCGUAGUGCAAUCUCUGUUAUUUUAUGCCGUAUUUGACACAGGGGUCAGUAUAUGGUGGUCUUCGCAUUGAAUCCUGAAGGUAUAAAUACAAGGGAAUCAUGGUACAUAUAAGCAGACUGUCGACAGCGUGAAUUGACUGGGCAUUAUGGCCUCGAAUGGCGUCUCCACUGAUUUUGAGCUCUUCCCCGAGCCUCCGUUGCUUGCGCCACCAAAAGCGCCACCUCGAAUGCCAGGUGCCAAUUCGAAAACAACUGCGGUUCUUUUAGAUAUCCUGAAAGAAAACCAUGCGAAAUGGCAUAUUUUCUUCGACGACGAUGGACGGCACAACCACAUCACCCACCAACUAUUGGCAAUUUGGGCUUUUGGAGCUCACCAGGAUCUACUCCGAGGAAGCUACAAUAAAAACAUACCUCUCCAACGCCCGAAGCCAGAAAACACACACCUAAUUACAUCUUCCAAUUUCAAUGAUCAUCUUGGAGACAAGACAUAUUAUUCCGCUUAUCUCGCAUACUUCGACAACGUCGUUCGAGAGUACAAAGGGGAUGCAGCAUUGUUGAUGGAAAAGUACAUAUUUUCCCCCGAGGUCAAUUUUGCGAGUACUACAGAAAGCGGGCGAUCUCCCCAGAUGCUUUGUCGCUUUCUUGCCUCCAUUCUGCAUCCCCUCAUCCAUUUUGGCUAUGGCGUCGAAUUCGGUCUACCUGGAAUGAUGAGUGAAGGUUUAGCCCAGACCGCUAUUCACGAUGUGUAUAUGGCACCUCUGAUCCCAGAGUCGCUGUUCAACUUCGUUUCAAAUGUACCGAACAACCCAACUACUGACAGUCCACCUGUGCAUGCAUUUACCGUGGUAGCCCGCAUUCUGAACGAUCCUCAGUUCAAGAUUCCCGGGACCCAGUUUUUUGAGACUUAUUACCAGCUGUUGGAUAAACAUGCUAUGGCGUUAGUCGAGUACGCGAAUGAAUGGACUGUGGACGCCCAGAAACUUGCUUCCGAUUCAAAGGAAAUCGAUAGGAAAAUCGAAGAACUCCAAUGGACAAACACAAUUUUAUAUGCUGUGUCAGGCUAUCGAAAGGACAAGGAAUUCAAUGCUGAUUUCAUCUACAUGCACCUAGUAACCUCCGCUCUCUUCCUGCCUAUCCUUGCUGCCGGUCUAAGUCCUACCUCUCAAGUCCUACUCCUUCGGACAUACUUUACCAUCUCUCUUGCGUGGUGGAUCAUUAAUGGACGUUCGCAUCCUGACAUUGUGUCGUUUAUGAGCGCGGAAGAUUCUGUCAAUAACAACCAAUCUCAUCCUAUAGCCCCAGGGCCUCAACCUCCAACACACCCCCAUGCUCUCUCGUUCUCCUCUCCAUCUUCAUCAUCUGCUCAUACCACCACAGCGAUUGCUUCAACACCAAAUCCAUGGCUAUACCUCAUCCAACAAGCUUCGGUCCACCCAGAUGAUCAUUUUCCAAAAUUGAUCCGUGCUCUGAUGCAUUUCGCUGUUAUGUAUGGCGGGAGGGAGGCUAGCAGUGACUCGCAGGUAGAUUUCGCACAAACAGAGCUCCCAGGAGCGCAGAUGCUUGAUGGAACGUUGUUUGUCAGGGCAGCGGCGUUGACUGCGAAAAGGUUGGAAAAUAUUGUCCCGGACGAGUACAUCGCGUACUGGGAUCGGAAGGGGUAUUUUUAGGUAGAAUUGUCAUUCAGUACCGCUUUGAACCGUGAGAACCAUAAUCGUCAUGCCCGUGAAGUUCCUA